AUGAUCAAAUUUAAUUCUGGACAUAUAAUUGAGGAAUUCUUGUUUUUACCGCCAUUUGCCUUACACGAGCCAUUAGGGCUCAAUGAGGAAUUAAAUACUCUAUUUUAUAAAGAUCGAGAUAUUAGAUCAUCGUUUUUUGAGACAAAUAAAUGGCAUAUCAGUGUUAUAUGGGACAUUUCCUACGGGCAAAUACAUGUUAAUGAUGAGCAUGCAUGCAGAGUAAAAAAUAACACGCAUUUCACUUACUAUUGCAGUUGGCCAAGUGAAAACAAGAAACCUGAUAUAAAUGGAACAGUUUAUAUUCAUAAUGGAUAUUGGCUCUAUAUGCACCAACAUGCACUCGACUAUGGAAUCCCUUCUAUGGUCACUGCACUAACUGCAAACAAAAUCGAUCCAAAUUCAGUAAAAUUGAUAUCCACUGCUUGUAAUCCAUAUUCAGACGCUUAUAUAUCCAGAUUCGGCUUCAAUCAUGAUGUCGAGAAAUGCAAAAGUUCGUAUGUAACUGUGAGUGCAAAGAGGAUAAUUGUUGUCGCAGUUAUGAAGAGUACACAUCCUUUCUUUUAUAAAAUGUAUUAUGAGAAAAUGAAAUUUCCAAAUGUGAAGCGUGACAAAAUUUUUAUUUUCCCUCGGAGGAAGAAUGAUGCGAAGCAAGGAAAGCCAGAUAGAAUUGUGUAUAAUCUUCUUGACAUUAAGAAACCGUUAGAAGAUAAAUAUGGCUUAGGUAAUGUAGUUGUUAUCGAGGAUGGAUGUAAAAAUACAAGCUUUUGCUUUGAUUUGCUUCCAAGAGCAAAAUAUAUAAUAGGACCGCAUGGUGGAGCACUAUAUAAUGCAUACUUUGCUGGGAAAGAUGUGAGCAUUAUUGAAUUACUGCCUAUCAAGAAGAAUGGAGAAUUUCCAACACCACACAACAAAUAUUGGACACCACACUCUGUAUUGAAUUUCGCGAACGGUCUCUCGCAGAAGUUUUAUAGAUAUUAUACUUUUUCAAACGAUAUCAAUUAUAAUAUUAAUGUGACUGAUUUUAUGGAUUGGUUUAACAAAUUUGUCAAAUAG